AUCUCCACAGGAGGCCUUUUGACUGGGAAAUACAAAUACACAGACAAAGACCAGAGUCAGCAGCCAACGGGCAGGUUUUUCGGCAAUGACUGGGCCCAAAUCUACAGGGACAGGUACUGGAAGGAGCAUCAUUUCCAAGGUGUAGCCUUGGUUGAAAAGGCGCUCCACGAGGUGUACGGAUCAAACCCACCAAGUAUGACCUCAGCUGCUCUGCGCUGGAUGUAUCAUCACUCAAAGCUCCAGGCUGCCCGUGGGGAUGCCGUGAUCAUCGGAAUGUCCACCAUGGAGCAGCUGCAGGAGAACCUCAAAUGCAGCGAGGAGGGCGCCCUCCAGGCAGGCGUGGUGGAAGCCUUUGAGAAGGCCUGGCACCUCAAUGCCCACGAGUGCCCAAACUACUUCCGCUGAGCUGGAGCCAGCAGGCCAAGACAUAAACAAUGGGCCUCAGCGAUCGGCUGCUCGUUCUAAGGGCAUCGGCAUCACUGUAUUCUUGCUGCCAAGGAGUCUCACCUCUUCUGCCCCUCCUUCUUAGGUGUAAAUGCUGGGCUCCUGCCAUCGUUGCCUUCGUCCAAUGGCAUUCCCCUCCCCCAGCUGAAAAAUCAGUAUAAAUGGGUUUUGAUAGGUUUGCUCUGCCUUUCCACUGAAAAGGGAUGUACGUUUGCGAACCUUCCAAUAAUUAUGAUUUAUGCAAGAAAUGGACUAUUACUUUACUGCUUUGAAAAAAAAAAUCUUUACCCAGUUAUGAAUAAAUAGUUUCCUAAA